CAAAAGUAUACUAUUUAUAUCUAUGUAUCUACUUGAUCAGACGGAAUUUGUUUUAAAAUGGUUAAUUAAAGACAGAGAGGUACUUACUAUUUGUUAAUUAAGUAGUUUGACCUAGUUUUGGUGUUUAGCUUUAUAAUGGCUCAAUGUUUUUUGUUAAAACCUUUAGAAUACGUAGGAGACAUAUUUCUCUACAAUUAGGCGUUCAUUUUACUCAAAUCUGUACAUGAGUUUUCAAACAGCAUGCAAAAAGCUAACAGCUAAAUAAGCAGAAUGUCCCUUUAAGAAUCUGGUUGAAUAAUGAGUUAUGUUUCUAUGCAAGUAUGUAGUGUGUAGAUGUUAUAUAUAUUUAAAGUUCCUUGCUUCAAAGUGCCAUGUCUAUCAAUAUGUUUUCUAAUCUUGAGCUAGUAAUAAUUAAUAAUUUAGUAAUUAGUCAAGUUAUUGCAAUAUAUGUGUUUGCUUAUGUAGAUUUUUUUUGUUUUCAACAUUCAAUUAUGUACCAUGAAGUAUUGUUAAUUUUAAUAAUGAAAAACACAGAGUAUUAACUCAAUAUAUUGAUGUGUAUAAAAUGAUGAUUUCUCUUUCCAUAAGAUAAACGAUUUCAUGAUAAUUGUGCCAUGUUUAAAUUGGAUUUAUGUAAAUUUAAUUCCAUUGCAAAUUCAAGACCUUUGUUAAUAUUAACUUCACCUUCUUUUGUUAUUAUAAUUAUUGUUCUGUGAUAUUUGUUGAAAUAUUUGUGGCAUACUAUGUCAUGCAAAUCUUGUUAUCUUUAUUUUUUUCCCUUUUUGCUGAUGUCUGGAGAGACACACUGGUGUCCUCAAACUUCCACCUGCCGAAACAUUCCAGUUGAAACCUCAAUUACUAAAUCAAAUAGCUCGGAACCAACCCAGACCUAACACACUCCACUACUAAUAGACGCUUCAUUAAACUUCUUGGAAUAUAAGAUUGAAAAUUUUCCAACCACAUGGGAUCAAUGACAAAAUCUAGCCUUGGACACCCCCCCACCUUUCUCCUGUUCUUAAGAACACAUAUCAUAUUAUAUGAUUUUAUAUAUAAAAUUGUUAUGGCCUAAAUUGUAACCAGACUUGGCCUAAUUUAUGUCCCAAUUAAGAUAUCAUUAUUAUUAUAAUUAUUAUUAUUUAUUCAUUUAUUUGUUGUUGUUUUGUGUGUUAUAUUAUUGUGAAUUGAACCAAUAAUUUUUCCUAGAAAUUGUUACUUAUAUAAUAAUUAUGUUAUUUUUUUUAAUUUAAUAGUAGCCUUAGUAAUAGAUAAUAUAUUAUGCCUGUGAACAAAGAAGAAAUAGGUAGAUAUGUCUAAAGUUUUUACUGAUAAUGUUAAAUUGAAAUGAGAUUUGAAUUUGAUGUAGAAGCAGAGAUAAAGUCGAAACAAGAACCAUUAUUGAUGUGCUUUUAAAUUAUGUUAAGUUGAUAACUAAGAUACUUAUUUUUAAAAUAAGGUGCUAUCUCUAUCCAUGACCAUAGUGCUAUAAAUCUAACAUAUAUAGGCCUAGUCAUUUUCUGAGACAAAUAUGUGUUGAAUUCUGAUACCAAAUGUUUUGUUAUAAUUAAUUGAUUUAGUGCUACGUUGUUAUGUUUUAUAUUUUCAUAUUAAACUUUUCUAAACUA